GCCAGCCCCAACAUCCUCAAGCCACAGCCGCAAGAUGGGCGCGUACAAGUACAUUGGUGAACUGUAUAAAAAAAAGCAGUCGGAUGUCCUCCGUUUCCUGCUUCGCGUGCGAUGCUGGGAAUAUCGCCAGCUGAACGUCAUUCAUCGCGCAUCCCGACCAUCUCGUCCUGACAAGGCCCGCCGUCUCGGUUACAAGGCCAAGCAAGGGUACGUCGUCUACCGUGUCCGAGUGCGCCGUGGAAACCGCAAGAAACACGUUCCCAAGGGUGCCACCUAUGGUAAACCCGUCCGUCAAGGUGUCAACCACCUCAAGUUCCAACGAGGCCUCAGGAGCACCGCCGAAGAGCGAGUAGGAAAACGAUGCGGUAAUUUGAGGGUGCUGAACUCGUACUGGGUGAAUCAGGAUGGUGUGUACAAGUAUUACGAGGUGAUCUUGGUGGAUCCUCACCACAAGGCGAUCCGUCGGGACCCGCGGAUCAAUUGGAUUGUCAACCCUGUGCACACCCGUCGCGAGGCACGGGGUCUUACGAGCAUCGGAAAGCAGAAUCGUGGAUUGGGCAAGGGUCACCGUCACAACCAUACCCCAGCUCGUUCUACCUGGAAGAAACACAAUACUCUCAGCCUCCGUCGCUACCGUUGAUUAUUUUUUGUCAUCAUUUCAGUUCACUUACGUCAUCCAUCCAUGCGUCUCUUGCUAUGUCACAUGUAUGCUACGCUACGAAGUCAAAACGAUUGAGUUCGAAAUUCAUGCAUGCUCGUAUCAUAUUCCGGGGAGGAUGUCGACAGCCGUUAAUAAUUACUGUCCUCUCCAUAAACGC